AUGGGAGAACAACAUCGACAACGAUUGUCGCUUCUUCUCUUUCGUCUUCUGCUCUGUUAUGUACUAUGCGAAAGGGCAGAAGCUUUCCGAGCAGAAAGAUACUCACGCCGCCAUCUUCGUAUCACCAACAACGAGUUUUCAUCACCCGUUGCACUUGCCGCAGUCCAAAGCACCGAGAUUGGAGAAAAGUCCAAGUCCCGGAAACUCUCUCCCGUCAUCAAGAUUGGAAAAGUACGAAAAGGAAUUGAGAUUCCCUAUGCGUUUACCAUUCAAGCCUUGAAACUAUAUCACGAAAAUCACGGUGAUUUGAUACUUCCCCGUCGAUAUGUCAUACCCGAGUCGGAUAUCUAUCCUUCGGAACUGCAUGGAGUCGAUCUUGCUGGAACUGUCUAUCACAUAAAAUGGUGGCAGCGGCAUGUGAAACAGCGACCAGAUCGAGUGACAGAACUGAAUAGUCUUGGAUUUGUUUGGGAACGACUGCAACCAGAAUGGAAUUUAGUAUUGGAGGGACUGCUGACAUAUGGAACAAUUUAUGGCAAUCUCCUGAUACCCUCCAAGUUUGUCAUUCCUUAUGAAACCAAGUGGCCAAAGUCGACCUGGGGAUUGGCCCUUGGAAACUGUGUUCAUAGAAUACGAACGCGAGGGGAAUACAUGCAGGGCGACAAUGCAUGGUCAAGAAAAGAGCAGCUUGACUCGGUGGGUUUCAUUUGGUGCACCCGCGAGUACAAGUUUGAAGUCUUUUGUCGAGCCCUCCGAUUCUACGCGCAGAUUGAAGUCAAGGGGAGCGGUUACAAUACUGUCGGUAUCAUGAAGAUUCCUUCUUCUUUUGUUAUUCCUACUGGUGAUGCAGCAUGGCCAAAGGAUCUGUGGGGCUACAGAUUUGGCGAAAAGUGUACGGCAGUCCGACAAAAGCAACUAUACGUCAAGGGACAUCCCGAACGUUCCAAAAUACUGUCCGAACUAGGCUUUCAUAUCGCUGGCAACGACAAUCUGCGAUGGCUCGAAGUGGUACAUGCAUCAGCAGUUUACUCUCAACUACAUGGAAAGAAAUUAGACGUCCCCCUGACCUUUGUCGUUCCUGCUCCACCCCAGCGUAGUGUGGAGGAUGGUGUCGUCACUGGAAGCGACGAGGCAUGGCCUUGGCCGGAAUAUUUGUGGGGAUUUCCGCUGGGCCAACGGCUCAAGGACAUACGGUUGAAUGGGUACUACCUCAAGGGCAAAGAUGCCGUCGAGCGAAGGAGUCAACUCAAUGCCUUGGGGUUUGUCUGGUCUCCCAAACGCGGAAGACGAAAGAAAGCAACCUGA